AUGGUCGUUGAGGUAGUAGGGUUAGGGUUAGGGUUAGGGUUAGGGUUAGGGUUAGGGUUAGGGUUAGGGUUAGGGUUAGGGUUAGGGUUAGGGUUAGGGUUAGGGUUAGGGUUAGGGUUAGGGUUAGGGUUAGGGUUAGGGUUAGGGUUAGGGUUAGGGUUAGGGUUAGGGUUAGGGUUAGGGUUAGGGUUAGGGUUAGGGUUAGGGUUAGGGUUAGGGUUAGGGUUAGGGUUAGGGUUAGGGUUAGGGUUAGGGUUAGGGUUAGGGUUAGGGUUAGGGUUAGGGUUAGGGUUAGGGUUAGGGUUAGGGUUAGGGUUAGGGUUAGGGUUAGGGUUAGGGUUAGGGUUAGGGUUAGGGUUAGGGUUAGGCAUCUGCGAGACGCCCGUGCGCCUGUCGCUCCUCAUCCUCGUGCUCGAGGGCGCGGCGACGCGCGAGAUGCCGACGUCCGUCGGCGACCUCUACCGGCGCGCGGUCGACGUCGCGCUGCGGGACUACGUCGACGGCGACGGCCGCCUGGUCGGCCGCGAGGCCCUCCAAAACGUCGCCGUGGCCAACUUCCGGCGGAGCCAGGGCGGCGGCCUGGACCGCAUCUUCGACGAGCAGGUGCUCUCGACCGCGUUGAGCGGCGACGCGACGCUCGUCGACGCGUGGGACUUUAUGAUGCGCGACGGCGCGCCGCCCCUCGUCAAGGUCAUCGUGAGCCCCGACCCCGCGCCGGGCCCCGGGGGCGUGCCGCACGCGCACGGCGGCCAGUUCCAGUUCAAGCAUCAGUCGCUCCAGGAGUUCUUUGGGUUAGGGUUAGGGUUAGGGUUAGGGUUAGGGUUAGGGUUAGGGUUAGGGUUAGGGUUAGGGUUAGGGUUAGGGUUAGGGUUAGGGUUAGGGUUAGGGUUAGGGUUAGGGUUAGGGUUAGGGUUAGGGUUAGGGUUAGGGUUAGGGUUAGGGUUAGGGUUAGGGUUAGGGUUAGGGUUAGGGUUAGGGUUAGGGUUAGGGUUAGGGUUAGGGUUAGGGUUAGGGUUAGGGUUAGGGUUAGGGUUAGGGUUAGGGUUAGGGUUAGGGUUAGGGUUAGGGUUAGGGUUAGGGUUAGGGUUAGGGUUAGGGUUAGGGUUAGGGUUAGGGUUAGGGUUAGGGUUAGGGUUAGGGUUAGGGUUAGGGUUAGG